UGAUUCAAAAAAGUUCAUCGUGAACAUGUCAGCGCGUAAAAAAUGAUCGACGUGACGUGAGCGAAAACAAAACAAAUCGGUUUUAAUCUUUUAAUAUCGGAAUCUACAAAUUUAUCAUCGAUUUUAUCGUUAUUCAAACGUAUUUCAAAGCAGUAAAUGUUUUCUCGAUAAUACUAGUUGUUGGACGACACCUGAGUAGUAACACUAUGGAUACCAGUUCGGAAGAUUUGGACGAAAGCAUGCUGGAUGUGAUUCAAAGAGCGGAGGCCUUCAUAUCGGCGCACUCGUUCCUAAACCGUGAGGCGGAGCGUUCCUCCAACAACAUCUUCGAUGCCAGUGACGACUCGUUCCGCACGGCCACUGACGAAUCUUCGUCGGCAAAUGAUUCCGGUACGACCGCGCAUUCCACUAACCGAACAUCCGAUGAAAUGAAUCAAAAUGAUGGACACGGAAGUAGCAGGAAUGAAGCGGAAGAUCAUCGUCCUGCUGUUGCGCAGAAUGUCGAGGUGCUACUAAGCGAUGACUCUCAAGAUACAUUGACGUACGAAAUAGAUGAACCUUCUCUUCUGAAUCGUCCACCGGUUGCGGAUAAUGACGAUUGUAUUGUCAUCGAAGACCCACAUCAGGUUGUGGUCGAUCUUUGUUCCCCGUAUCAACAACUAGUGUCCCCCCGUAGCAGACGAGCACGACGUAGGAGAGCAGAUACCGCUCCGGUCGUAGAAUCCAUCAGCUUGGACGAUACGGUGGCAGAACCGGUACCUCAAACUACCACAAGACAGUCUCCGAAAAAGCGAAUAACCGCUGCCAGCUUCGUACAGCCAUCUCCGCCAGCAGAAUCUCCUACAAGUGCUGUGCCAUCCGUGUCCGUUACCUGUCCAAUAUGCUUGGAAUCGAUUUUCCACCAGCAAGCUGCUUCCACCGUUUGUGGCCACCUGUUCUGUAAAAACUGCAUCACCCAGGAAAUCCAAAUCCGUAAAAAGUGUCCGAUGUGCAAACGCGCCCUCAAGCGGCACCAGGUUCAUCCCAUUUAUUUCAAUUAAUACCUUUAUUGUAUUGUUCGUGAGUUGCAAGACUGUAUUAAAUAGUUUUAUGUAUAAUAUUAUGUCCCUAUUUUUUAAUAAAUGACCAGGUUGAACUUUAAUGACGAUUUAA